AUGGGUCACGUUGCUGCUUUUGCUGAUAAGAAAAAAUCUGAUAAGAAGGAUGACAAACAAAAAGAUCAACCAAAGAGUGACAAUAAGGAAGAUAAAAAGAAGGACGAAAAGAAGAAAAAUGAAAAGAAACAAGAACAAAAGAAGGAAGUUGCUAUUUCAGAUGACAGCUGGGAAGAUUUCGAUAUUGAUGGAGAUGGAUCAGCUGCCACUACUGAAAAAGUUGAAACUGUCAAACAACCAGUUAAGGAAGAAGAAGUUCAAGUCGAUGAUGAAGAAGAAGAAGAAGAAGAAAAGGAAGAAGUUGAACUAGAUGAUGAAAAUACUAUCGGAAAUGCUGCUGAACAAUCUAAUGAAGAUUCUCAAACCGAAGUAGAAUCUCAAGAAGAUAGGGAAGAUAAGAAGAAUUCAGGUGCAGAUCUUCGUUCACCAAUUUGUUGUGUUUUGGGACACGUCGACGUUGGUAAAACUAAGAUUUUGGAUAAGAUCAGAAGUACAAACGUUCAAAGUGGUGAAGCUGGUGGUAUUACCCAACAAAUCGGUGCUACUUAUGUUCCUAUUGAUGCUAUUAAGAAGCAAACCUUCAAGCUCAAUGAAAGUGUUAAGAAGCAAUUGCAAUACAAUUUGCCAGGUUUGUUGAUUAUUGAUACACCAGGUCACGAAUCUUUCAACAACUUGAGAUCUAGAGGUUCAUCUUUGUGUGACAUUGCCAUCUUGGUUAUUGAUAUCAAGCACGGUUUGGAAAGACAAACAAUUGAAUCUUUACAAUUGAUUAAGAAUAGAAAGACUCCAUUCAUUGUUGCUCUUAACAAGGUUGAUGCUUUGUAUGAAUGGAAAGCAACUCCAAAUGCUCCAAUUAGAGAAUCUUUGAAGAAUCAAAAGAAGAACGUUAUUCAACAAUUCGAACAAAAGGUUAAGGAUGUUCAACUCCAACUCAUGGAACACGGUCUCAAUUCUGAACUUUACUAUAAGAAUAAGGACUUUAAGUCUUGUUUAUCUUUGGUUCCAACAUCAGCUCACACUGGUGAAGGUAUUCCUGAUUUGUUGGCUCUUAUGUGUCAAUUGACUCAAAAGCACAUGGUCAAGAAGUUGACUUACAAGUCAGCUAUUGAAUGUACAAUUUUGGAAGUUAAGGUUGUAGAAGGUCACGGUACUACUGUAGACGUUAUUCUUUCAAACGGUAUUCUUAGAGAAGGUGACACCAUUGUUGUCUGUGGUUUUAACGGGCCGAUUGUCACACAAAUUCGUGCUCUUUUGACACCGAAACCUUUAAGAGAAAUUAGAGUUAAGGGUGAAUAUAUCCAUUGUAAGGAAGUUAAGGCUUCUUUGGGUAUUAAGUUAUCUGCUCAAGAUCUUGAUGGUGCUGUUCCUGGUUCCCAACUUUUGGUAUACAAGAAUGGAGAUGAUUUGGAUGCUAUGAAGGAAGAAGUUAUGGCUGAUUUGAAGGAAGUUUUGAACAGAAUUUCCACAACUGGUAAGGGUGUCUUUGUUCAAGCCAGUACAUUGGGUUCUCUUGAAGCUUUGUUGGAAUUCUUAAAGUCAGAACAUAUUCCAGUUUCUGGUAUUAACAUUGGUCCAGUUCACAAGAAGGAUAUCAUCAGAACUUCAGUUAUGUUAGAAAAUGCUCCUGAAUAUGCUGUAUUGCUUGCUUUCGAUGUUAAGAUUACUGCUGAUGCUAAGGAAGAAGCUGACAAAUUGGGUAUUACCAUUUUCUCUGCUGACAUUAUUUAUCACUUGUUUGAUAGAUUCAAAGAACACAAGGCCAAGAAACUUGAAGAAAAGAAGAAGGCUGCCGAAAAUGACGUUGUUUGGCCAUGUAUCUUUAAGAUUCUUCCAGAUUGUAUUUUCCACAAGAGAGAUCCAAUCACUGUUGGUGUUGAAAUUGUUGAAGGUGUUUUGAAGCUCAAUACUCCAAUUGUUCUCCCAACCAAGGAAAUGCUCGUUGUUGGUAAAGUUGUAAGUAUUGAACACAACAAGCAACCUGUCAAGGAAGCUGAUAAGGGCAAGCAAGUUGCUAUCUCGAUAGAAUCCAAGAAGGAAUAUGGUAAGCACUUUGAUCACACCGAUAUUUGUUACUCCAAGAUUUCAAGAAGAUCAAUUGAUAUUCUCAAGGAUUUAUAUCCAGAAAUUAAGGAAAGAAAAGAUUUACUUCUCUUGAUCCACAAGCUCAAGCAAGUCCUCAACAUUCCAUAAACUUUUUAGCUAAAAACUUAUUUAUUUACAA